AUGAAGUCAAUAGCAAGAAGUUUCGUCUAUUGGUCGAACAUCGAUGAUGACGUCGAGGACUUUGUGCGCCGAUGUAGUUCCUGUGCCCAAGCAGUGAGAGAUCCCCGGAAAACAACUCUCGAAUCCUGGCCCCUUCCUUCAAAACCGAUGGAGCGAAUUCACAUCGACUAUGCCGGCCCCAUCGAUGGUUUCUACUAUCUGGUCAUAGUUGAUGCCUACUCCAAAUGGCCCGAGGUUUUCCGAACGCGUUCAACUACUACGACUGCAACUUUGGACUUCUUGCAAGAAACCUUUGCAAGAUACGGAUAUCCCCACACAUUGGUCUCCGACAACGGUUCCCAGUUCAUCAGCGCACAGUUCCAACAAUUCUGCAAAGAACACGGAAUCCAACAUCUGACGACCGCUCCAUACCAUCCGCAAUCGAACGGCCAAGCGGAAAGGUUUGUGGACAGCUUGAAAGGAGGACUCAAGAAGCUCGCAAAUGGGGAAAGCAUGGCUACAACACAGCACUUACAAACAUUUUUGUCAGUGUACCGUUCCACGCCAGCUCGAAGCGCUCCUGACGGCAAGACCCCUGCUUAUCUUUUCCUCGGUAGGCAAAUCUCCACCCAACUGGACCUUCUGAAGCCAACGCUACCAAGCCCAACACGAAUCAACGAUGCUCAAAACGCUCAAUUCAAUAAACGUCAUGGCGCUGUUCUGGCCAAGGUUCAUCAAGGGGAUUCCGCCAAGUGGAUUCCGGGUCGGAUCAUCGAACCCAAAGGUAACGUGAUGUACACCGUUCUCAUGGACAACGGUCGACUCAUCCGAUCCCACACCAAUCAACUGAAGGCCUGGUUCAUCGAAACAGCAGCACCGGUUCCAACACCAAAUCUUCCAUUGUCGGUGUUGUUGGAUGAUUUCGUUGUUCCAGUCUCCCAAGCUGACCAAACAGACUCCUUGCGGAAUGAAGACGAUUUGGAUUGUUCCGAGUAUGGCUCACCUCUGCAGUCACCUGAAGCUCCACCACCACGGACAAGACCAACCCGAAAUCGCUGA